AUGAAAAUGAAAAUGAAGCACAAUGAAUAUAAUUGUGAAUUAUUGGAUGUUACCAAAAAUAAUAUCCAAAAUCUCUACAUAAUUUCAAAUAAGGUACUGCCAAUCCAUUACCCAAUGGAAUAUUUCUAUAAAAUACUCCCUUUUGAAAGUUAUACAACUACCAGCAACAAAAAGAAAGUUGUACAUGGUUCUAAAAAUGAAAUUUUUUACACAAAAUUAGCAGCAUAUCACGGUAUACCAAUUGGAUGUAUAAAGGCCAAAACUUUAUUCAAUAAAAAUAACAUUAUACCAAUUGGAAUAUAUAUUGAAAUAAUAGCAAUCCUCGGACCGUACAGAAAUAAAAGAAUCGGUCGAAAAUUAUUGAACUAUGUGGAAGAUGAAUGUAAAAAAUCAUUUAUUCAUAAAAUAUACGUUCAUGUUUCUGUCAACAACCUGCCUGCUAUAAAAUGGUACCAGAAGCUGGGUUUUGUAGAAAGUGAUGUUUUACCCAAUAUGUACCAAUUAAAUGACGGCAAUAGCUGCAAUGCCAUUAUAAUGGUUAAGACCUUGUAA